GUAAAGAUGAAAGAUUAGGAUUUCAAUAGACACAAUCCCACUUGUGGUCUUAGCUCCUCAAAUCGAUUGACAUCUAGAUGUUUUCCAAUGAAGUGGAAGCGAAGAUCAAUAUGAUUCAUUUUGCUUUGAUGAAUUGAAUUCUUGGAGAUAGUUAUAACACUUUGAUGAUAAGGAUGUCUUGUUUGAUUUUGUAAUCCUUCAACAUGUAUUGUGUCUACAAGAAUUGAAAGCAACACUAUAAUCCAACAAUAAUGUGCUCUGUUUGUGCGCGGAACUUAGAGAUUUGAACUCUGUUUAUUGUUGUAUCAAGACAUCGAAUUCCUUCUAGCAAAGUCCAUAUUAAAACGACCAAGUUGUUCAAGAUUACUUAUUAUGCAAUAUAGUAGUCUUUAAUUUUCCAUAAUUCAAGGUACCAAAGAAUUCACUUGAAAACUUUCAAAUGAUUUACUUAGGUAAAUAUUUUGACGAGUAGCACUUGACAUAUAUGGGCUUUCAAUUAUGCAUAGGAUUUCGAAUAGCCUUCGAAUUUUUCAUUCCAAACUUCUUCGUCAUGUUGAAAACAUAGAGGCUCUAGUUAAUGAAAAAUCUUUUAUUACAUUGGUACACUUGUAAUUCCAAGAAGGAUUUUAGUUCUCCAACCAUACCAUCGCAAACUCAGUCCUCUGUGUCCUCGAUGAUUAUUGUUAUUAUUAUAUAUAUUUUGUUUCAACACAUUUGAAGUUGAUCGACCUACGUAAAUUGAGCAAUCAUAACAUCUUUAUGAUCUCUUUUGAUGAAUAGGGUCUUGUCACUAGUGCCACUUUUAUAUCAUUGUUCGAACAUAUAUUGUGACAUGUGAUAGUUUUUCUUGCCAUAUGCCUUUUGUUUUCUCAUUUUUACAGCUUCCAGAUUAUUACCAAGGUGCAUUCAUUUUUGCAUUUUCGUUUCUUGGUUAGAAAAUUCUCGAUGCUCGUUGGAGUUAGCAUCUUGAGUUUGCAAGUAAUUUAUUCUACUAACUCCGUGCCAUAAGAAAGAUUUUAUUGUCAUUUUCGUCCGUUCCAACACAAGCUAUCAUUUUCUAAUUUAGUAAUUGUACUACUUACCUAACAUAAUAAAUACUCUUUCAAAUUUUAAUUUACAAUAUAUUACACAAAUGUCACAAUCUUUAGAUUACACAAUAUUAAUAUUCAAAAUUUAUGUGCAAAAAGUAAACGUUACUAUUUAUACGGGACGGAGGGAGUAAUUAGUUUAUUUGUUUUAUUUAUCUUUUACUAAGGGCAAUUUUGUCUUUUUCUUGUCUUAUUCAUAUUUUUUCAUUGUAGGAAGUUAGUUAAUCUUUCAUUCAUAACUAUGAUUAUGAAACCGGCUGCGAAUUUUAAUUCAGCACUGUGCUGAAAAACACCCAAUAUACUAACAAACAACAUACAAUAUUACUAUUGACAAUAUAUUAUUUAUAUUAAUAUAUAUCUUACAAAUACCGCAUAUAGACUAACAAAUGAUAUAGUCUAACAUAUCAUAUACAACAAUUGAUUUUAAUACAUUAUAUAUUUUUCUACGUCACAUGCUGUAAUAUUAUGAACAUGCAUCAUAUGUCUUUAUUACAAACAAUAUACGUUAUAUGUAACAAAGACAUGUGUUACUUUUAUUUUUUACGUGUGCUAUUUUGAAAAAUCAGUCUAAAUCGGCACCGUAACCCUUCUCCUAAAACCAUUACAAAAUAUUCGAAUUUGUCAUGAAGCAUAUUAAAAUUUCCAAUUGGGCCCUGUUCUUAUUUUGCUUUCCGAAUGAAUUUUGAAGAUUUUUGUCAUAGUGUUGGUGGAAAUACCAAUGAAUUAUAUGAUUAAUUUAAACAAUCUCUCACUGAUCAUCAUCAUCACCAUCUUCACAGCUAAGGCAUUGCAUUAAGUGAGGAAAACCUGUGUCAAGAGUGUGUCCACAAUUUUAUAAAUUUGUACUUAUGCAUUUAGGCACGUAGUGCCCUUUGCCUGCUCGACGUUUCGCACACCCUCACCACAAAUUUCAAAUUAAUUAAUUUUACAAACAAUUAAUAAUAUAUAUAUAUAGUAUCUUAAUUAGUUGUUUCAGAGCUGAGACAUGGUCAAAUGUUGUCACUAAUCCAUAUUUUAGUCUCAGAUGAUUAAGACUGUCCUCAACAAUUGAUUAUCAAAGUUUAAUUUGUUUGCUUGAUAGAUCAAUAUGAUGUCUAGAUCAAUAUGAUGUCACACAGGCAUUUAUUCGAUUAAAAAAAUGCAAACCUUCUUUGUCAACUUCUUGGGGAUUAAACAAAUAUUCAUCCCUAAGUAAAUUAGGUUCGAUUCUUUUCACAUUGUCCAAUAUAUAAAUACCCAAUGCUUGAUGUUCAUCAUUUAUUAAUUUUUUUUUUUUAAAAAAAAUGGAGAGUGGGUAUCAAGAGGGAGUUGGAUUAGUAAUCCCCUUUCAAGAUGAGUUCCCAUAUGCAUAUUCAAAUGCAAAUGAUGAUUUAGGGUUUAUAGAUUUCAUGGAUGAAGCUAAUUUUGAUCAAUUUAUCGACCUAAUCCGAGGAGAUGAUGAAGAAGAAAAUCCUAUUCAACAACAACCUAUUCUUCGCGAACAUAGUAAUAUGAGUGGUUUGAUUGAUGAUGUUAUAAAUCUUGUCCCUCCUCCGGUGGAUGAAUUGUUCGAUUUUAGCGUUGUAACGGAGGUUGAGUUAUCGCAGAAUGAGGAUGCGACGACAAAGAAGAAGAGCUGUAAUAAUAAUAAUAUUAAGGUUGAUAGAUCAAAGACAUUAAUUUCGGAGAGGAAGAGGAGAGGUAGAAUGAAGGAAAAGCUCUAUGCUUUGCGCUCACUCGUUCCUAAUAUCACUAAGAUGGAUAAAGCUUCCAUUGUCGGCGACGCCGUGUCUUAUGUCCGAGAUUUGCAAAUGCAGGCGAAGAAUCUCACUGCUGAGAUUGCCGGUCUCAAGACAUCGCUGUCUCAAUCUUCCAGCAAAAACAAUGUUACAAGAUUCUAUUCUACUACAAGAAAGAUAUUUAAGAUGGAUGUGUUUCAAGUAGAUAAAAAAGGGUUUUAUGUUAGAGUUGUCGGUAACAAAGGGAAUGGUGUUGCGGCAUCGAUUUAUAAAGCCAUCGAAUCCGUCCCAUGGAUCAUCGUCGAGAGCUCUAACUUGACUGUUUCUGCUGAAAACUAUGUGGUGGCAUUUACUUUGCAAAUUGUGGAGAAGAAGAUGGAGGCUGCAAGUUUGGAAAAUUUGAAGGUGUGGAUUUCUAGGGCUUUUAUCAAUUUAGGGUUUCAAUUUGAAGUCUUGAUUCCAAACACACAUGCCUCUUAAUUGGGAUUCUACCUUUGUAUUGUGUUAAUUAAACCACACAAACACAUAUGCAUACUUGAUAUAUCAUAUAUAUAUAUAUAUAUAUGUAUGUAUGUCCACUCGAUUGGGGUACUGAUUUAAAUAAAUUAACAUUGUACCGACAACACAUAAAAUAUAGACUGUCAGUACAUAAUUUGAAUAAAUAUAACACGUGCUCUAUUUGAUU